AUGGGCCAGUUUGGGGCUCUGGUACAUGGGGUGGGGCUUGGUCAUACCCUUCCUACAAAGAUGGGAGGUGUGUCCCCAGAUGUGUGCAAGACCCUGAAAAGUCACAGUGGCAGAGCCAGGUGGACCUGAGGAAGCUUGUUGAGAGGACCGACCGGUGACCCUGCCGAGAAUGAACCCAGGGAAAGAGAUCUGCUCCUAAACCGUGUUCCCAGCCCCCUCUCCAGCAGGGGUAGUCUGAGGGGGGAGAGGUCCAUGUGACCCAGACAAGGCCCUGGAGGUGGGGCUCCUGCGCCCCGCCCCAGCAGGCUCUGCUAUAUCCCCAGCUGCCUCGCCCUCCCCAGUGGCUGAGGGCAAUGGCGUUGCAGUUUGAAGCCUUCUGUGCAGGGGGCCUGGCCCCGGGCUGGAGCCUGACAGUACAGGGGCAUGCAGAUGCUGGAGAGGACAAGUUUGAGAUCAACUUCUUAACUGACACGGGAGACAUCGCUUUCCACGUCAAACCCCGGUUCUCCAGUGCCACGGUGGUGGGCAACACCUUCCAGGGGGGACGCUGGGGACAGGAGGAGGUGUCCAGUGUGUUCCCGCUGACCCUGGGAGAGCCCUUUGAGAUGGAGGUGAGUGCAGACGCAGAACACUUCCACAUUUACGCCCAGGAACACAAGGUGCUCCAGUUCUCACACCGUCACCGACCCCUGGCCACCAUCACCAGAGUGCGGGUGCUCAGCGACCAUCGGCUGGCACAGGUGGAGCUAGCCAAGCGGAGCCUGAGCUGGGGGGAUGGGGGCUACUGAGUGGACCACAGCCUCCAAGUGCCAGCCUUGGCCAUCUUGUCUCCUCUGCCACCUGGAGCUGUACCCUAUGGCUGCAGGGGAGCUGAGGCGCGGUGUGAACCCCCAGCUUUACCUUCAAUAAAAUAUGAGCAGGUUA